CCUCCUGUUCCAUUUUUGCAAAAAAAAAAAAGAAAUCCACAGUCGAUCACUCCAAACAAGUCCGAACCGCACCCUUCUCAUUACAGUAUUAACUCGCUAUGCUAACUCACCAUCCAAACAAUGAACUCGCUCUUCUCGACCCACUCCCCAUCUCCGAUUCAAAUUCACAAAAAGCAUGGCACCUCCUCUCUCUCCUCCUCUCAAUCGGCCGUCCAAUUUCACUUCACGAACUCGCAACCAGAUGCACUCUAUUUCCCGCAACUCCCGAAUUUGUCCAAUAUCUGUGCUCCGUAUCUAACUCACCUAUCACUUUAAUUGCCAGCACCGACGAGGGCAUUUUAGUCUCAGUUUCCGUGCUUGGACUUCUAGCCUUUCAAAGAUUCGCCUCUAAUUUUAACUUGAUUGAUGCUUUAUUUGCUCGGAUUGAUACUCCUUGUGUCAAUAGUAAUCCUCAGCUGCUGUUGAAAGAUGAUGUUACAGUGUACUUCAGGAAGCGGAAACAAAUCGAAUUCGAUUCUCCACAAGUGGAUAAGAAGCGGAAGCUAUCAGUUUCAAAAAGAUUUCGAAGUGAUUUCUCCAUGGUUCAUUUUCAUGCUACUGAACAUAGUAGCAGGAACGAAAACGUUUACAUAACUCCGCUGCCUAAUUUGAUUCUCAAGACUUUGGGCAGCGAAUUCAUUUAUCAAUUAAAAAAUCUCAAAAAAUUUAAAGUGGAUACGGACAAAUAUGUGACUGUGGACAGAAAUUUUACGGUGCCUGAGCUUGAUGAAGAAUCUGUUUAUCCGCUCAUAGUAUUGGAUAGUGAGGAUGAUUGCCAAGAAGCUAAAGUUGGCGAGAUGGAUUUAAUAAGUAGAAUGGAUGUUGAUGCCACUCUCUUUAAGGAUGAUUUUGUAAAGAACGGUUUAGUAUCUGUAUCGUGUGAAAAUGGUGAUGAUACUUGUAAUGAUGCUCAUAAUUGUUUUAUUGAGACGACAGGGGUCGUUUGCAAGGAAGUAGAACUGUUUACUGAUUCUGGUAACAAGAAAAGAGAACUGCAAUGUAGUUUACGGCCAAUUAGUGUUUCUCUUUUGGAUAUGCCAAAAGAAAGUGAGAGCAAAUUGAAUAAUGAAUUGACCCCCUUGGAUAAGGAGCACUUAACCACUCGUGUAAAGAGCCAGACGAAAUUUCCCACUGAGCUAGAAUGCGGAAGUCAGAAGAAGAAGUCCGAACCUUCUGCUAAGCUGAAGCUUGUUUUUGAUGAUGCAAUGAGUCCAAGGCAACAAUCUGUCGACCAGUCUUUAGAGGGGAGUAAAGUAGUAACCACUCCCAAAGAGAAUCGCCAGGUUAAGAGAAAUCUCAUAAAAACCAGCAAGGGACAAAAGCCGAAGCAGAAACCUGAGAAUAUGCAUAUUAAAGAGGACAAAAAGGAUUCUGCUUCUUUUUCUCAUGCGGAUAAAUUGCAAAGCAAGGAUCUUCCACUCUUUGAAUUAUAUAAUGUUGAAGAGGAAGAAGGUUCUGGUGGUUAUGGGACUGUUUACAGAGCUCGAAGGAAGAGUGAUGGGACCACAGUUGCCAUUAAAUGCCCUCAUGCAAAAGCUCAUAAGCUUCAUUUAAUAAAUGAACAGAGGAUGCUGGAGCAAUUUGGGGGUAAAAACUUUGUAAUAAAAUAUGAAGGCUGUUUCAAGAGUGGAGAUUCUGAGUGCUUUGUCCUGGAGCAUGUUGAUCAUGAUAGACCAGAGGUGUUGAAGAAGGACAUAGAUCUUUUUCAGCUACGCUGGUAUGGUUAUUGUAUGUUUAGAGCACUCGCUAGUCUUCAUAAGCAGGGAGUAGUCCACAGAGAUGUGAAACCUGGGAACUUUCUUUUUUCUCGCAAGUUGACUAAAGGCUAUCUCAUUGAUUUUAAUCUUGCCAUGGAUCUUCACCAAAAAUAUGGAACAACUUACAAAUUAAAAACGGGGAAUGAUGCGAGCCUCAAACCCACUACAUUUCCCAAUGCCAAAUCUGCUGCUCCUACCAAACCUAGGAGGUUUCCGGUUGCUAAAUCUCUGGGAGCUGUCAAGCAAGAGGCAACAAAAGGCUCCAAGCCAACUUUAGAAUCCAAUAACGCAAAAAGGAGAGUCAUGAACCGACCAAAGGCUGAUGACAACUUAAAUGGUUGGAACAUCAUGAGAAGUCAAGGAGCGGAUGGCUCUGGCAUAACCUCAGUGAAGGAUGUGACAAGCACUAGGACUCCUUCUGCAGAAAGGCUCAGAGAGCCACUACCAAGCCAAGGUAGAAAGGAACUCAUCAAUUUGUUGCAGGAAACGUUGCACAGUCCAAGUAAUAAGGCAUCGAGUAUUCCAGCUUCAAUGCGAAAGAGGAUUGCUGCACCUCCUAGAAAAGUGGAUGAAAGACUAUUGUAUCCUACUCCAAUGCCUGUACACUCAACUGGAUGCGCUAAAGAUGGAAAGCCCAAGAAAGAAGGUCCAUGUGUCGGAACAAAAGGUUUCCGGGCUCCGGAGGUUCUGUUCAGGUCAACCCAUCAAGGCCCGAAGAUUGAUAUUUGGUCUGCUGGGGUCACCUUACUCUACCUAAUGAUUGGAAGAACUCCCUUUUAUGGCGAUCCUGAGCAGAACAUAAAGGAUAUUGCAAAGUUAAGGGGCAGUGAAGAUCUGUGGGAAGUUUCGAAGCUACAUGACCGAGAAUCUUCAUUCCCUGCGGAACUAUAUAACGUAGCGCCUUUGCCAUCUAUCCCUCUGCGAGAAUGGUGCAAAAUAAACAUGAAGAGACGGGAUUUCCUCAAUGAAAUGCCCGGUUCGCUUUUUGAUCUUGUGGACAAAUGCCUGAUUGUGAACCCAAGAUUGAGAAUCAGUGCAGAAGAUGCAUUAAAGCAUGAGUUCUUUGGUCCAUGCCAUGAGAGCUUAAGAAAGCAGAGGCAGCUAAGGCAGGUGCCGAACUUGGACUCUGGAACUAGUCUUGCUUUACGAUAACAAAGCAUUUCAAAUGGUACUCAAUUUUAAACUUAAAAUUACUUUUAGGUUAAUUUUAUACAUGUAGCUGUAAUAUGAUACUCUUGUUCUAAUGCUGUAAAUGUAAAUCUGCCACCCAUGUAAAACAUUUUAGUCUUCUUUUCUGUAAUUUGUAUUGAUCAUAGGAAACACAAA